AUGCUCGCAGAUGAGGAUCUGUAUGACGAGUUUGGAAAUUACCUCGGUGAACCUACAGAAAGACCCAUUAUAGCAUCUCCUCUAGAAGAACAUUCAGUUCCUUCUUCUGAGCUUGUUGAUCAAUAUUCCGAGAGCUCUUCGCUUUCUGUUGUCCUUCACGAGGAAAAGAACUAUUAUCCCUCUGCUGAAGAAAUCUAUGGGCCUGAUCUCGAAAUCAAGGUUGAAGAUGAGGAUCGUCAGACCCUUUCAGAGCCUAUUAUUGCCCCAAUUAGGCAUGAUAUUUUUCAGGUUCUUCCAAUAUCUGCAGAGCCCAUACCCUCCGCUACUUAUACACCCAGCUACUUGAGUGAAUCUCUGAUCCACCGAACUGAACGCAUUAGAAAUGUUGCAAUAACUGGGGCUCUUCAUCACGGAAAAACCUCGCUCUUAGAUAUGCUAGUAGCCGCAAGUCAUCCCCAAGUCGUUAACUUUGACCCUAACCGUCCUCAAAAAUGGACCGAUACCUCGUUUAUGAGUCGGGAGAGAGGAAUAUCCAUGUCGGCUACACCGCUUACUCUUAUUCUCCCCAACUCCAAAUCUCAAAGCUUUAUUAUGAAUUUCCUUGAUACGCCUGGUCAUACAGACUUUGGCGAUGAAAUUAUGGCAGCUCUUGCCUUAUGUGAUGGAUUGAUGAUAGUUGUGGAUCUGCUUGAAGGCAUAAAUUCACGUACAGAAUCCAUUUUGCGAUAUGUAGCUAUCAAUCGGAUGCCAGCCGUGUUGUUCCUCAACAAAUUCGAUCGCCUAAUUUUGGAGUUGCGGCUUCCACCUUCUGACGCUUACCACAAGAUUAAGCACACCAUUGAUGAGAUUAAUACAUUUUUGCGGACCCUUGGGAUCACCGAACCCGAUGAUCCGCUUUUCUUUUCCCCCAAAAGAGAUAAUGUGCUUAUGGGAAGUGCAAAAUAUGGCUGGCUUUUUUCUCUCGAUUCUUAUUGCCGUCUCUUGACACCACCCGUAGAGGAAAGCUGCUUUCCAUGUUUCUGGGAUGACAUUGUCUACCUGCGUGAUGAGAGCAAAUUUGCACCCCUUUCUACAAAUCCUCAGUUACCACGGACAUUCAUAGAAUGGGUUAUCGAGCCAAUUUAUAAGCUUCACCUUACGGCAAUUGGCAUCGACUCGAUUGAUCAGAUUUCCUCCAUCCUUGCACAAGCCGGAAUAGUGCUGAAGCGCUCCGAGAUUGCACUUGCAGCAACUAAUCAGCAUCAUCUUAUCGCCAAGGUAAUGCAACAAUACCUUGGUGGUUAUGAGGGUAUUCUUGGCGCUUUUACUGACUGCAUCUAUCGGCGUAUUCCAUCGCCCCUAGAAAACGCUCCCUUAAAAAUCCAACAAAUCUAUUCAGGACCAUGUGACAGUGAAAGCCCUAGCAUUCGGACAAAGGCAAUGUCUGAGUGUGAUCCUCAGGGGCCUUUGAUGGUUUAUAUUAGCAAGCUGAUGCCAACUGCAGAUGCAAAAUCUUUCCUUGCCCUUGGACGCGUGCUUUCAGGGACCAUAAGAGCAAAUAGCUUGAUCAAGGUAUUGGGCGAGCACUUUGUCCCAAACAUUGACGAAGAAGACUCUUCCCCGCAGUUUUUGGAGAAAAUUUACUUGCCUCUUCCGAUGCAUAAUUUGGAAGUUGCAGAAGCACCUGCAGGUUCCAUUGUGCUUCUUGGCGACUCUAUCCAUAAUGUCAUUUUAAAGACAGCAACCAUCGUUCAAGUUGAACAAAAUAUGGAAGACCCUGCCUUUGUUUUCAGGAGGCACUUUUUCACUGGGGCUCAUCGUAUUUGUUCUCUCUCUGUCAUCAAACUUGCCAUUGAACCGAUGCAUCCAAGCGAGCUUCCAAAGAUGCUUGAUGGGCUUCGAAAUCUAACCAAAGCUUACCCUCAAGCUGAAGCUCGUGUGGAAGAAUCUGGCGAGCAUGUGCUCUUUGGGACCGGGGAACUGUACCUCGAUGCUCUGAUGCACGAUUUAAGGAGGCUAUAUGGUCAGGUCGAUAUUCGCGUGGCAGAUCCGUCUGUAAGGUUCAGUGAGACCAUUGUGGAAACAUCCUCCCUUAUAUGUACUGCCAUGAGCCCUAAUAACGAAAAUUCGAUUUCAAUGAUUGCGGAGCCCCUUGAAAUGAGUAUUCUUGAAGAUCUUGAAGCAGGCGUGAUUCCAUCGCCAGCUGCACAGUCCUCUAAAGAGAUUUCAUCGUUCUUUGUGUCAAACCUGCAGAAAUAUGGCUGGGAUUUGCUUUCCGCCCGCUCGCUAUGGGCUUUUGGCCCUUCCGAGGAGAGAGGGCCGAAUGUGCUUCUUAAUGAAUACCUACCUGCAAAGGAUGCCUCACUCGAGGUGCGCAGUCUAAUUUCAAGCCCAAAUAUCAGGGAGGCCAUAACCCAAGGGUUCCAUUGGGCAUGCCGCGAAGGACCGCUUUGCGACGAGCCGAUUCGGGGAACAAAAAUCAAGCUUGUGGAUGCCUCGUUUGCCAAAGAGCAGAUUUUACGGGGCUCAGGUCAGAUAAUCCCUGCUGCAAGAAGAGCCGUAUAUGCUUCUUUUCUGACGGCUUCUCCAAGGAUUAUGGAGCCCGUUUAUGCCGUUGAAAUACUCUCACCUUCCGAUUGCAUUCCUGCAGUGUAUACGGUGCUCAAUCGCCGUCGUGGGCAUGUUUUACAGGACAUUCCGAAAGCAGGUAUCCCAUUGUACUUGGUCCGCGCGCUGCUUCCCUGCAUCGAGUCGUUUGGCUUUGAAACGGACCUGCGGACUCAAACACAAGGGCAGGCUUUCUGCCAGAUGAGUUUUGAUCAUUGGCAAGUGGUCCCCGGAGAUCCCAUGGAUGAAUCCAUCACCCUUGUGCCUUUAGAACCUGCCCCAGCCACCCAUCUGGCCCGAGACUUUAUGGUCAAAACUAGGCGAAGAAAAGGCCUUUCAGAAAACGUUUCUGUUGUGAAGUAUUUUGACGAGUCGAUGCUGGGGGCUCUUUCGCUUCAGGAACGCACCUUUACGGCUCCAGGUCUAGCCUAA